CCUGGAAAAUGUAAUUUUUAGUUGUCCAGCAUCUGUAAAACAGGAAGUCCCUGUGAGAAUAGGUUCGAGUGAGUCUUUAGCACACUUGGUGAAAAACUAAACUCAUUUUCCCCAGGUUCUCUCUUGGUGGCAAAAUUAAGCCUUUUGUAAAUGUACUGUUGCUAUGCAAAUAGGGGUAUUGUUCUGGUUUCCUGAUAGAAACUGUUGAAAUCAACUGUACUAUUUAGAUAUUUAAUGUUGUGAGUUUAAUGGAAAACUGGCUCAUAAUACUGUAAAGACCAAAGAUGAAGCUUGAUCCACUUGUAUUUAGGUGAUCAGAAUCUUGUCUUUUUAUAAUUUCCUUUAGUUAAUGAGCUCUACUUCCAUGGUGUUGGUUCCUUUGUGGUUACAGUGUUAUUUGUCAGCACCUCCAGUGCUAUAUCUUCAUGCCCUGGGGUCCAGAGUUGGGGAGGAGAGUGCUUCUGUAGAAGCUGUAGGGCAGGCUCUGACCAUUUUUUGCUCCAUAGACCCCUUCAGCAGUCUGAAGCCUGUACAACCCCUCUUCUGAGUUAUAUUUAAAAAUUACAUAGGACUACAGAGCAAACCAAUUAUAUUAAAAUAUAGUUAACAAAAUGUAUUUUUCAAUUGUGAGGCAGUAAUGUGUGCUUUUGUAUUAAAUAAUAAGAUUUAGUAUGGGUCUAAUAAUUUGCAAGUAGUGAUGAACGUUCUGUUUGGAGGUGUCUGCAACCUAUGACUGUGUGAUGGGAAAAUAUCUAUGAUUUCUACUACUGACAAUGGCAGAUACUGUUAAUAUUAUUGUGGCCUGUUGACUGAAUCACAAUAGAAGGGAAUGCUAAAUUUCAGUUGGAGAUUAGUGAAAAUGUAAUUUUCCCCCUCAUCUGAGUUUAUAGACAUCCCAGCCUCUAUUCUUAAACCCCUUGCAGGGAGGGUCUAUGAGCCUUAGCUUAAGAACCAUUGCUAGAAGAGUUUUCUUUUCCCUGAAGCCCCGGCAAAUGUCUUUUAUUUCAUUGACUUUGGGUUGUAUUGAGAUUUCUGAACUAACUGCUAAGGUCAGAUAAGGAUAUGCGAAUUGGUUUAGCCAGCCCAGGUCUACCUCUGUAGCUGGCAGUGAGGUAAUUGACACUUAAACAGCAUGAUGGGAGAGGAGUAGAUUUCCAAGGGAUAAUGCAGGGCCUACUGGAUGCUGAGUAGCAAAUAGAUCUUCAUUAUGUAUCCUUAGUGUAUCCCCUCUCCUUUGCUCCUAUAGUCAACCAGUCAUCAAAUUUUAGUGAAUUUUUCACUUGGACAUCUUUUCCUGAUCUGUCUUUCUGCUAAUUUCCAUGGCACAUGAAAUUCCCAGGGCCUGGGAUUGAACUCGAGCCACAGCAGUGACAAAGCUGGAUUCUUACCCCAGCACACGACCAGGGAACUCCUGAAAUCACUUCCUGUCUUGCUUUAUGGAUGCCACGUCUUGACUUUCUAAGCAUUUCAGAGAGCUUUUAACAGGGCCUCUGUUAUGCACCUAAAGCCAUAUUGGAAACUCCAGAAGAAAAUGCGACCUCUGGAAACCAGCAAGGAAACUCUGAGAACUCCUAUGAGCCACCAAGAGGCUAUAAAUGAUGAAAAAUGCAAAGCUAGCUGUAUGAAACCAAGUGUCUUUCCUUCAGCCUCUCUUGGUAAAACAUCAUCUCGAAAGCCUUUUGGAAUCCUUUCUCCAAAUGUUCUGUGCAGUAUGAGUGGGAAGAGUUCUGUAGAGAGCAGCUUGAAUGUUAAUGUCAAGAAGAACACGCCAUCUGCAACCAUCCACCAGGGUGAAGAGGGAGAAGGGCCGCUUGAUAUCUGGGCUGUUGUGAAACCAGGAAAUACCAAGGAGAAGAUUGCAUUCUUUGCAGCUCACCAGUGUAGCAAUAGAAUAGGAUCUAUGAAAAUAAAAAGCUCCUGGGAUAUCGAUGGAAGAGCUACUAAAAGAAGGAAAAAAUCAGGGGAUCUUAAAAAAGCCAAGAUACAGUUAGAAAGGAUGAGGGAAGUCAACAGCAGGUGCUACCAGCCUGAGCCUUUUGCAUGUGGCAUCGAGCACUGUUCUGUGCAUUGUGUGAGUGACAGUGGGGACGGUGUCUAUACGGGAAGGCCUCUGUCGGUCAUACAGAUGGUUGCUUUCCUCGAGCAAAGAGCCAGUGCUCUGCUAGCCAGUUGUGCGAAAAACUGCAAUAACUCACCCGUUGUGGUGAGGCUUUCUGGGCAAUCCAGAGGUGUGCCCCCAGCCUCCGAGCCCUUCUCUGCCCCACGAGCGUGUGAAGAAGCCACCACGGAAAGGAGAAAUCCUGAGGUUGGGGAACCACAGUGCGAGCCAGUCCGUGUCCUCGAUAUGGUAGCCAAGCUGGAGUCUGAAUGCCUGAAACGGCAGAGCCAGCGUGAGCCUGGGAGCCUAUCUAGGAAUAAUAGCUUCCAUCGUAAUGUGGGCCGCGUGUUGCUUGUGAAUGGCACUCAGGCUGAGGAAAGCAAAACAAACAAAGGUGCCUUGGAGGUACCUGACACUCAGGUGAAUCCUGCAGUGUCUGUAUCUGUGGCCUGUGACCCCUUAAGAGCUGACCGUUGUUCUCCUAAGGUGGACCAGGCCUGGGCUGGCACUCCAUUGCCAGUGGGUGUGAGUUUCCAUAUGGACAGUGCAGAAUUAGAGCCAGAUCAGCAGACUGCCAUGAAAAGCCGCAAUAAGUAUGAUGUGGAAAUGACAGAGGAACUUGUGGAGUCACCUUUUUCUCCUCGCACCUGUCCCCAAGCCAUUGAAUUGCCUACAGAUGCUGUUGAUUGUAUGAGUGAAGAGCUUGUGCCGCUUGCUAGCCAAAAUCCUGAUCAGAGGAGAAAAGAAUCUUUAUGCAUUAGUAUCACUGUGUCCGAGGUCAAGAAGGACCAGCCUUCUGGUCUACAGUCCCAUGAAGAUCCACUUCCAGGGAUGUUAUUCUUCUUGCCAUCUGGUCAGCACCAGUUGGGCUGUUCCCAGUUAAAUGAAAGCACAACAGAAGAGUCUUCCAAGGCCAGUCAACUUGAAGGUGAUGCUGAGGAUGAUAGUGCAUCUGAGGAAAAAACCAUCUCAGCUGAUGCCUUUGACCUGCUGGCCUCUCCUAUGGAAAGUACUUUACCAGUGCUGGAGGCAUCCACUUGGAAGAAGCAGGUGUCACAUGACUUUCUGGAGACAAGGUUUAAAAUCCAGCAGCUGCUGGAACCUCAGCAGUACAUGGCUUUUCUGCCCCACCACAUUAUGGUGAAAAUCUUCAGGUUACUGCCCACAAAAAGUUUGGUGGCUCUUAAAUGUACCUGCUGCUAUUUCAAGUUUAUCAUCGAAUAUUACAAUAUCCGGCCAGCAGAUUCUCGCUGGGUCCGGGAUCCACGCUAUAGAGAGGAUCCUUGCAAGCAGUGCAAGAAAAAGUAUGUGAAAGGCGAUGUGUCCCUGUGCCGGUGGCACCCCAAGCCCUAUUGCCAGGCAUUGCCCUAUGGGCCAGGAUACUGGAUGUGCUGCCACCGGUCUCAGAAGGGCUUCCCUGGCUGUAAGCUGGGGCUUCAUGACAAUCACUGGGUCCCUGCCUGCCACAGCUUUAAUCGUGCAAUCCAUAAGAAAGCGAAAGGGACUGAAACCGAAGAGGAAUACUAAUGUGGGAGGCAAAGGACUGGUUUUUACAACUGCAGAUACCACCCAGAUACACCAUUCCAGUGAGUGUUGCAUCUCAGAGUCAUCACUCCAGGAGAAUUUCUUCUUACUCCAUCAUGACUGCCAUUGCUCAGGCAUCUUCAAACUCUUCAAUUUAUGAGCUGUACAAGAAACUUGGUCUCAUCAUUUUCUGCUGGUCCAUGGUGGUAUCCCCCAGUUUGAUUUACUUGGCUGUGAGUAACUGUGCCUGUUUUUUCAAAUGAAAUCCUUCCUCAAAGGAUGAAGACUUGCCACCGUCAAGAAUGUUGAGAAAAGUUCAUUGCAGACCAUGUAGGCGAUCCCCAAAAAGGGGUUCCAAGAAUGUUUUGAGCACUGGCACCAUAUCUGAAAUAAGUGAAGAGUAUCCUAUAAAAAGAAUAGUAGAACUCUUGGAUGAAAAGUAUACUUACAAAGGAAAAGUCAGGCACCUUACCUUAGACCUUGUAUGCUUGAUCUGUGAGAUUGAUGUUUGUGGUUGGAGAUGGAUUUCAUGCCCUGUGGUGUUUACAGUGUAUAUAAUGGUUGUGGUUUCAUAGGGCUGUGAAAGUGCACAUUAAACCUGAGCGCCUUUUCUUUAGAUGAAUGCUUUUGGCUCCUCUGUAAAUAACACUAUUAAAAUGCAGUUGUAAAUAGUGGACAGCUGACCGAACAACAUAAUCACCACAAUGCAGCUAGGAUAGUGUUGCAGCUACAGUUGUGUGGGUUUUUUUUUUUUUAAUUGUUUCGUCUCAAAUUUGUACAUCCUGUAUAAAAUAUGAAUGUUUCCCAAAUAAACUAUGAAUGUUUUCUGUAUAAUAUAUGAAUGUUUGUUUCUGUAUAAUAUAUGAAUAUUCAGUUAAGAGGGUAAUCUGUUGAAAGGAUACCAAAUAAUGGUUUAACUGGACAACCUUAAAAUUAGCAUAGAAAACAAUCCUUUGUUAUAUUUUAGUGAUCCACCAAGAAUGAAAGAAUAUUAUAUAGUCAGAUUAUAACAUUCUUGUCUAUUUUAUUCUUUCUGUCUGGUUAAAUUUCAAUAAAAACAUGCAUCUUAAAUGG